UAUUUAUUUAUGUAUUCUGUAUUAAAUGUUGUACUACUGAGGAGUUUAAUGAUUCUGGGCUGUUUAACCUAUUUCUUGCUGAUCAAUGAAAAUUUACUUUCAAAAAAUCUUCUUUUCUUUAGCAGACGUUUGAAGCCAUUAAAGUGGUGUUGUCAAUUAAAAAAACACUUCAGAACAUCUCUGUUGUAUUCUUUUAAUUCAGAUUUAUGAGGAUCUUUUAGGUCCUCUUUGGCAAGAUAUUAAUAUCCACUUUUGAGAUCCCACACUCAGUUCAAAAUUUUCUAUGUUAAGAGGGUUGGAUAUUGGAAUCCGUUGCCUCUGCAUUGGCCCUUUUUAUGACCUUUUCUUUUUGUCUCUUUGUUCCUGAUAUUGAAGAGAUUCAGCUGAUGCAAAAUGAUUCAUCUUUAUACCCUCCAAAAAAAAUUGAAAAGAAAAAAAGAAAGAACAAAGAAGCAGUGAAAAGAUAAAUUUGUGGGCUUUUCAGAUUCACAUCCACGAAUUGAGAGAUGGCCUACACAAGCUGGCAGGCCAGCACAUCUUUUGAUUGCACUGGAUAUCUGCAUGGCUGCAAUAAGUUUGCACUGUAAAAGCUACUUUAACUUUUCUCAAAAAAAGCAUGGCUUUAGGCCUCAGGGGAAAGUCCAAGUCCUUGAGACUAUAACAAAUAAUUCACAUCUGAAGUAUCUUAGCAACAGAGCUGGAGCUGCACUGUUUUAAGCUUCUUUCGCUUUCAUCAUGAGUAUUGCUGCCAUGAAUUGAUUUCCCAAUGUUCACUCCUCUUUGCACACAAUGCAGAUAAGAAACAAAAAUUAUAAUCUUGGCUAGUUCCAUUCUCUUUCGUUGCUGUUAAAGGCUUAAUUUUUUCAGGGAAGAAAUGCCAAGAUCAAGGGCUACGGAAAUGUCUCAGAGGUCUUCUUCUACACGAGGCCCGCCUGGUCUUCGGACAUCGAGCUCGGAUUCCAGUUUGGGGCAUCAUCGUAUGAGGACUGAGAGGAGCCCGAAACUAGGCGAUGGUCGAUCCCCACGAGGUUCGCAAUCUGAUCCGUUGCAUCAAAAGAAAUUGGGAACUCGCAUUGCGGAUUUGGAGUCUCAACUUGGCCAAGCACAGGUGGAGCUUAAAAGCCUCAAGAACCAGUUAGUCUCUGCUGAAGCUGCUAAGAAAGCUGCUCAAGAACAGCUGGAGAAGAAGUCGAAGAAGCAGGCGAAGGUUAGGGAAGUAGCAGUGGUUCAAGAGAAGCAUUCCAUGGCUAAAAAGGGAAAUGAAACAUCUAAGGAUUUGGAGGAAGACGAAGAGACCGAUGUCUUUGAAGUUCCUAUCGAGAAGCUCUCUCUCGAAGCUGAGAUCGAGCCACCUAUCGAUCAAAAUGUAGUAAAGCUUAAAUCUGUUUGCUCGGAGGAAGAGAAUUCAUCUUUAACUGAAUUGGAUUUGAAGAAUGGUGAAAUAAAUGUGUUACAGAUGAAAUUGGACGACGCAGGGAAAGAACUAGAAGUUCUUCGACAAGAGAACAUAAGUUUGAAGCAGCAGCUGGACGACGAGGAGUUAAAGAUAACAUCUUCAGAAUCUGCGAUCGAGGAACUGAGGUUGAGGUUGAAGAAGGCCGAUGAAGAGCUUGAAAAAAGUAAAAUUGACGCCGUGCAGAUGAACAGGAAACUAGAAGCGUCUGAGAAAGCCAAGGAGGAGCUCGAAGCCGAGAUGACGAGGCUGCGCGUGCAGACUAAGCAAUGGAGAAAAGCAGCCGAUGCUGCAGCAUCAGUCCUGGCCAGAGAAAUGGACACAGACAAUGGGAGACGGAUAUCCGAGAGGUGUGGAUCAAUGAACAAGCAUUAUUAUGACAGUGGAUAUGCAGGCGGCGGAGGUUCCCCGCAGGGACGAAUUGAUGAAUCCGAUGAUGUUUUCGGGAGCGGUAAGAGAAAGGGCUCCGGCAUGAAAAUGUUGGGAGAUCUGUGGAAGAAGAAGAGCCAUAAGUAGGAAAAAAUUGAAUCUUGAUUCAUCAUCUGGCCUUUAUGUUUGAUUAGGCAUUAGGACAAUGGUUGUUCUCACUUUCUACCUCUGUAAUGUCACUGUUUUCAGUGGACAUCGUUUUUAACUGUCAUGUUAUAAAUCUCCAAGUCUUACAAAGUAGAACACAUAAAAACUCCAUCUUCCUUAUUCAGCACACCUCAAAUCUACAACAUAAGUUUCACAGAUAAAUCAUUUCGAUGCAUCCUAAAUGCCAUUAAUUGCCUCCCAUUCGAAAGGAAACCAGAUUUCGUUAACUCGGUUCUGGAACUCGAAAGGGGAAUUGUACUGGGUGACGAUGUACUCUGUUAUCUCCUUACCAAUGGCGUUUGCCCAAACAGUUCCUGACAGGCUAGCAUACAAUGCAGCAGCUUCCCUUCCAAGAUCCUCGUCCAUUACAAAACCGCCGAAUUGACGUACAGCUAUGUAGGUGACACCCCAAUCUUCAACAUGGAGGCCUUUUGCUGUAGGAGGAUUCUUCUGGUUCUUCUUGGGGAUGUAGAAACUCACUAUGAAGGACGAAGCACAGAACGGCCCGUCGCUGGGCUUCACUUGUGUCUUAACU